AUGAGAUUUUCGAGAUAUGAAUUCAAAUUCCUCGUUGUUGUAUGGUUAUCUCUAUUGCCAGUUUUGAUGUUUUGUAUAAGAGUUUACUUCAGAAAGAAGACAUUCUCGAAAACGGAAUUAUGCCGUGAAGGUCUGGUCGAUAACGUAUCAGUUACUAGUGAAGGAAUGAAUUGGAUCACAGAUGAGAUUUCUCAUUCUAGAUUAUUUGACCUCAGUGAAAAUGUCUUAAUCAAGGACGAUCAAAUAAAAAAUGUAGAUCGGAUCGGUAUUUCUCAUGAGACACUUAGACGUCGUGUUUUGAAUUACGUUCAUGAAGCACGAUACACUUUGAACAAUUUACGCAAAAUUGUUACCCAAUUAAAAAAAGUUAAUCAAAAGGAAUUGGACACUGAAACAGUUUCAUCGAUACAAGCAUCGUUAGUUCGUUAUCGACAGAAUAUGGAGGAAACUAUUUCACACUUGCAACUUAUUCUUAACAAACUAGGUGAAUUAGAUGAAUUUUCACAAAUCAGAAAGAAUGGCUUAAAUAAGCUUUCACAGCGAUUACAGGAGAAAAUUCAAAAACAACAGAAUCCGUCAGAUUGUAAAAAGGCCAAAUAUGUAACAUUAGACUUCACUAAUUUGUGUGGAUUGGGUUGUCGCACUCAUCAACUCAUGUACUGCUUACAAUUGGCUCUUGAAAAUGAGCGUGUUUUUGUAUUAAAGAAACAUCAUUCUGGAGACCCAUUUCGAGAAUGGCUUCAUCAGAACAUGCUGCCACUUCCUGACAAAUGCAGUUAUUUGGACUCAGAUAAUAGAUCAGAUAACAUCGAAUGUCCUCUGGUUCGAAAGGCUUUCACCGAUCCUAAAUGGUUGCCACAUGCUCUCCCGAUAGAUAUGAAUGAAGAAUUAUUGCGUUUACAUGAGGCACCCUUUGUUUGGUUUGCUGGUCAACUAGCAGCCUACAUUUUGCGUCCAAAGUCACAACUUGCACAAUUGAUCAAUGUAACUUUGAAGAGCUUUAAAACAAGUGGUGAUCCUGUUGUUGGCGUGCAUAUCAGGCGUACCGAUAAGUUAAUUUUGGAGGCUCAGUUUCAUGACUUAUCCGAGUACAUGGAACACGUGGAUAAUUUCUUCGAUUUACAAAGUGUUCAUCUCUUGACAAUGUCAAAGAGACAUGACAUGAAUGUGGAGAGAUUUGGAUCAGUUUCUGAAAGAAUCAUUAGAAGAAAUAACUCCGUUCAGGCUAAGCGAAGUGUUUACUUGUCGACAGAUGAUCCGAAUAUUUUUACUCAACUACCCUACAGUUAUCCAAACUACACUGUCUAUGGUAGUCAAGGUAGAUCGCAGUCAGCUAAUUUGAAUAUGCGGAUGUCAGUUAAUUCAAUGAAUAAUGCAAUUAUUGACAUCAUUGCACUUUCAAUGACAGAUUUCCUUGUGUGUACAUUUUCAUCGAAUGUUUGUCGUUUAGCCUAUGAGUUAAUGCAAACACGUCAUAUGGAUUUGGGUGAUGCAACACAAUUAUUUCAUUCAAUCGAUAAGUUAUUCCAUGAAGAAGAUUACCAAAGAAUGAAAUUUGAUGUGAUCAUUCCAGAUAUGAAGGUAAAUUUGAAGUAUGGUGAUGUAGUGGAAAUUUCCCAAAUUAACUGCAACGGUUCAGUGUUAGUAAAACUAGUGCAAUCAAGUGAAGAUAUACGUAAUAAAAACCAAAAGGGUAUGAACAACGAAUUCAUUGCACCUGCUUACAGGUUUAGACCAAAAAUGAACAUGACUGGAUUCAACUGA